AUGAAAUUGAAAAUAUAAAAUUUAAAUCAAAAUUAAGAAUAGUUGAAGUAAAUUAUGAAUGAUUUGUAGUUAAAAUUAAAUAGUUUUAUUGAAGAACAUAAAAUAAAAUUAAUUGAUAAUAUUUAACUUUAUUAAAAUUAGAUAGCAUAAUUAAAAUCAAAGGAGGAAAUAUAAUGGUCAGAAUUAACCAAAGAUAAAACGAAUUAAAUUGCUAAUAUGUUCAGUAAAAAAAUUUAUUUAGAAUAAUAUAUGAUGAAUCAAAAAUUAAAAAUUGAAAGUUGGAAGGGGGGGAAUCAGAUUUCUAUUCUUCUUAACAAAUAGAAAAUUUUAGCAAAUGUAAUAAAAUACUAUUAACUAAUACAAAUCGAAUCUAUAAAUCAUUCUAAAUAUUAUUGA